GCACGCUGCCAGACCAUGUUGCGUAAGCGUCAAUUGCCGAGUCAUGGAUGGGUGUUUUGUUGCACACACACUACAAGGGCAACCGGUUUAGAACUACAAUACAUGCAGUUGACGGUAGCGAUGACAGACAAGUAGAUAUUUAGCUCCUACGCCUUCAGCUGCAAGUUACGUUACAAGCCGUCGUUCGAAUUAAAGCGGCGUCCUACCGAUAACAAGCCGGCUAGCAGCUAACAGAAAGCGGACUCUUAGCCUUUCUGGAGUAACCUGUCUUGCUGACAAGUGGAGUGUAUACAUUGUUGGAAGCUGACAGCAAGCUGUCUGCCUGACAGUUGCAGCCAUGGUGUUCAUGUGGAGCUACUGUGAAGCAAAUGCCUCCAUCUCACACACCUGGGUGGAUGAAGGCAUCUCCCCCUGCUUCUUCUUCACACUGGUCCCCACCAUCCUUCUCACCAUAUCCUUCUUCCUCGGAACAGUCCACUGCAUAUUCUACCAGAAGUAUGGCACAACAAUGGAACCCAAGUUCAUCCCACACUCCCGCCUCUACGGUUUCCAGCUGGUCAUCUCCAUCCUUCUCAUGUUCCAGUAUGUUGGUGGAAUGGUGUGGCAGGCUGCCAGUGCAGGAGGGCUUCCAGGGUAUGGGGUGCUCUAUGGCUGCUUUUCCACAGUGGCAUGGGCCUGGGCUUUAGUCACACUGAGGUUAGAGAGAUGGAGGGUACUGUUGAUGGACCGGACACGAGGACACAGCACUGUCCUGCUGGUGUUUUGGGCCGUGGCUUUCUCGGCUGAAAACCUAGCUUUUGUCUCCUGGUACAGUCCUCAUUGGUUUUGGGGCCUGGAGAACACUCAAAAGCAGGUGCACUUUGCACUGUGGCUGAUUCGCUACAGCGGCACUGGACUGCUCUUCUUCAUCGGUCUGAAGGCUCCAGGGUUGCCACGUAGACCUUACAUGCUUCUGAUAAAUGAAGAUGAGCGGGAUGUGGAGAACAGUGGUCAGAGCCUGUUGGGAAGAACGGACGAGAACCAGUCCACCUGGCAGGGUUUCAGGAAGAAACUCCGACUGCUUCUUCCCUAUACGUGGCCUCGGGGCAACAUCUUUCUCCAGCUACUGGUCCUCUUUUGUUUGGGACUACUGGGAGUUGAGAGGGCUAUAAAUGUCUUUGUACCCAUUUACUACAAAAAUAUCGUGAACAAACUGACUGAUGGCAGCAGUUGGCACACCCUGGCCACUACAGUGUGUAUAUAUGUGGGCCUUAAGUUCCUGCAGGGCGGAGGGGCAGGUGCCUCUGGGUUCAUCAGUAAUAUGCGAUCUUUCCUCUGGAUCCGGGUACAACAGUACACCAGUCGGGUGGUUCAGGUUCGUCUGUUUGCCCACUUGCACUCCCUCUCUCUGCGCUGGCAUCUGAGUCGCAAAACCGGUGACGUGCUGCGAAGCAUUGACCGUGGCACCAGCUCCAUCGACAGCUUGCUCAGCUACAUUGUGUUCAGCAUCUUUCCAACUGUUGCUGAUAUUGUCAUUUCCAUUAUCUACUUCAUCACCAAUUUCAACGCCUGGUUCGGCCUCAUCGUCUUCAUUUGCAUGGCCCUCUACCUCACUCUGACCAUCAUCAUCACCGAAUGGAGAACCAAGUACAGACGAGACAUGAAUCAACAGGACAACAACGCCAAGUCCAAGGCUGUGGAUUCCUUGUUAAAUUUUGAGACGGUAAAAUACUAUAAUGCUGAGAGCUAUGAGGUCAGCCGUUUUGAAGGUGCCAUCUUGAAAUAUCAGGUUUCAGAGUGGAAAACUCAGGCAUCCCUGGCCUUCCUCAAUCAAACUCAGAACAUCAUCAUUGGAUCUGGGCUGCUGGCCGGCUCUCUGCUAUGCGCAUACUUUGUCACUGAAGGAAAGUUUCAGGUUGGAGAUUAUGUUCUCUUUGGCACGUACAUCAUCCAACUUUACACUCCUCUCAACUGGUUUGGAACUUACUAUAGAAUGAUCCAAAAAUCUUUCAUUGACAUGGAAAGUAUGUUCAUUCUGUUUGAGGAAGAGGAAGAGGUGAAAGAUGAAGUAAAUGCUGGGAAUCUGCUAUAUAAACUGGGAAAAGUGGAGUUUGAAAAUGUUUACUUCAGCUACCUAAAUGGCAAGGAGAUUCUGAGAGAUGUUUCCUUCACUGUUCUUCCAGGACAGACAGUUGCACUGGUGGGGCCAUCUGGAUCUGGGAAAAGCACCAUUAUUCGACUCCUUUUCCGUUUCUAUAAUGUUCAGGGAGGCUGCAUUCGUAUUGAUGGCCAGGACAUCUCAAAAGUAAAGCAAACAUCUUUACGGGCUCAUAUCGGCGUGGUUCCCCAGGAUACCGUGCUUUUCAAUGACAACAUCAGGGAAAACAUUCGCUACGGUCGCAUCUCUGCUAGUGACCAGGAGGUGGCGGAGGCUGCUAUAGCUGCAGAUAUCCAUGAUAAAAUCAUGGCCUUCCCUGACGGUUAUGAUACACAGGUUGGUGAAAGGGGUCUGAAGUUGAGCGGCGGAGAGAAACAGAGGGUGGCCAUCGCCAGAACUAUCCUCAAAGCACCUCAAAUCAUCCUUCUAGAUGAGGCCACAUCUGCACUGGACACUCAGACAGAGCGCAACAUCCAGUCCUCCCUGGCUAAAGUCUGUGCCAAUCGUACAACAAUUGUUGUAGCCCAUAGGUUGUCCACCAUCAUUGGAGCAGACCAGAUUCUGGUUAUCAGUGACGGGCGUAUUGCUGAGCGAGGACGGCACGAGGAGUUGCUGCUCAAAGGAGGCUUGUAUGCCAACAUGUGGAUGAAUCAGCAACAGGCCCAGGACUCAGAUUCCUCGUCGGACACAGAAGCUAAAGAUCGCAAGUCUGAGAAACUGCAGCCACCAUCAACUUCUUCAGCCCCCCAUGGGCAUUGAAUGUAUUUAGCAACUUUUGUUAAAUCAUCUUUUUAAUAAGAGAAUACUUUAUUUAGGUGACUGAAUGCUGGGGAAGGUGGGAAAAUGUUAUUUAAUUUUAGGAUUUUACAAAUAAAUGUGCAAUUCUAGGUCAAGGAGAUAACGGAAGGUGCCUUAAAUAAAACUCCAAAAGGCAGAAACACUAACUAAUCACUCUCAUUGUACCCAAUAUAUACAUACCCAACAAGAUAUAUGUACCCAACAUGUUUAUACAAGAGAAUAGAUAGAUGACAUUUAAAAACUUAAAAUAUACAAAAGAAAAUUAACAUGUUUUGAAAUGCAUUGCUCAGAACCCGAAAUGUACAAAUAGAAGGACUUAUAGCAGUUUAUUUUUUAUAUUUGUUUUAAUAUUCAACUUUGGUCAGGUUUUUUUUUGUGUGUGUGUGUUGUGUGUAAAAAAAAACAAAGCAGUUUUUUUCUCCUGGCGGAGCUUUAAAUUAUCUGAGUUGUAAGGGAAUUCAAAAGAAAAAUGUCAUUUUUAUUUUUUAUUUCAUUUUAUUUAUUCUUUUUUUUGUCUUAUCUUUUUAAUUUUCAUCAUGUCAGGGAUUUUUCUGUUUAUAUUUUUGUUUAAACUUUAGCAGUGCUGUUAUUUUAAAGUUAUACUGUUUUAACAGAUGCAUGAACAUUUGUACACACAUUAAGGGAAAGCCUUGAAUAACUGACCAGGUCGUAAAUUGUCAGAAGCUUGUAGAUAAUAAGUCAUAAAUGCUGUUUUUGACAUUUUAAGGAGUCCGAAGUUGUAUGAUUCAUAUCCACCCAUAAUUGUCAAACCAUAGACUUGACUAUUAGCUGACAACAUCUGCUUAUUUGACAAUAAAAUUGUCUGGACUCAAAGUAUAUGCUAUUGAACUUAAUUGUCCAUGCAGUAAAUAUACUUUUAAGUAAUAUAUAAUUUUACACUAUAGUCAUAUUCUGUAUAUUUGGUUUUCAUUAGCUCUGUUUUCUCUACCUAACAAAAGCUGUUCAUUAAUAUCCAACUAUGUAAAUUGGAGUUUUGUCAUGUAAUUACAGUGUAAACAAAGUUUUUUCACGUUUCAGUCCAAUCAAAAUCUCAAGAUUGUCAGUGUACUUCAAAUAAAAAUAAAUCGUUUUAUCUUCUAAGAUUAUUUAAUAAAAAUU